CAGCACGUUUCGACAGCGCUUGAGUUUUGAUCCUCCCGGCCCUCCGUGCGGAGCAGGCUCUACCAAAGACCAAGGGGGAAGGCGCGACUUGACACAAACUCAAUGCCCGCCCGGGUGUUCUACCGGGGGCGCCGCCACCUUCUGCACAAUGAUGGCCGCAUCAUGCGCUAUUUUCUACUCAGGCCGGAAACUUUGUUUCUGCUGUGCAUCAGCCUGGCUCUGUGGAGUUAUUUCUUUCACACGGACGAGGUGAAGACCAUAGUGAAAUCCAGCCAGAAUGCGGUGAAAAUGAUGAAAGGGAAAGUGGUGGAGAUAAUCCAGAACGAUCGUUUCGGGGGACUGGACGUGCUGGAAGCGGAGUUUUCCAAAACCUGGGAGUUCAAGAGCAACAACGUGGCCGUUUAUUCCAUCCAAGGCAGGCGGGAUCACAUGGAGGAUCGAUUCGAAGUCCUCACCGACCUGGUCAACAAAAGUCACCCUUCCAUUUUCGGGAUCUUUGAUGGCCACGGAGGAGAGUCUGCUGCAGAAUAUGUGAAGAUACACUUGCCUGAGGCCCUGAAGCAACAUUUGCAAGACUACGAGAAAGAUAAGGAGAAUAGUGUGUUGUCCCACCAAACAAUUCUGGAGCAGCAGAUUCUUGCAAUUGACCGCAAAGUGCUUGAGAGGCUUUCUGCAGCCUAUGAUGAGGCAGGCACAACUUGUCUGGUUGCGCUGCUCUCCGAUAAAGAGCUAACAGUUGCAAACGUGGGGGAUUCUCGUGGAGUCCUGUGCGAUAAAGAUGGAAAUGCUGUCCCUCUCUCACACGACCACAAACCUUAUCAGUUGAAGGAAAGAAAGAGGAUAAAACGAGCAGGUGGGUUCAUAAGCUUCAACGGUUCAUGGAGGGUGCAAGGAAUCUUGGCUAUGUCUCGCUCGCUUGGAGAUUAUCCCCUUAAAAAUCUCAACGUUGUGAUUUCUGACCCUGACGUCUUGUCCUUUGACCUGGACAAACUGCAGCCACAAUUCAUGAUCCUGGCUUCGGAUGGCCUCUGGGAUGCUUUCAGCAACGAGGAAGCAGUGAGAUUCAUUAAAGAACGCCUUGAUGAGCCACACUUUGGUGCUAAGAGCAUUGUCCUGCAGUCUUUCUACAGGGGGUGCCCCGACAACAUAACCGUGAUGGUGGUGAAAUUCAGGAACAACAAUAAAACCGAAGACCAAUGAACGACGUUGAGUAAAAUGAGGACAAGGUUCUUGAAAUAAUGCCGUGCAAAUGUUAGCAAUGUGUGUGGUAGUCAUUGUAAUGGUCAUGAUAUUUCCAUCUGAAUGGUCAAUGCUAGACAGCUUGUAGAAACGGAUAAACCAAGUUAGCUGCACAUUCAUUUUAACCCGUUGAGGUCAACAAUAACAAAACAAAAAUCGCCCUUUUUAUCUAUGAUCAUUUUCAAGUCUCUUAUAAUAUUUCUAAUCUAAAUAAUACAAACGCACAGUGCAAAACUUAUGCUUACAAUGCUAAACUAAUUGUGAUCAACGGUUUUAUAACGAAUAGCAAUCCUAAGCAAUAAAGCAAAAAUCAAUUAAGAUUCAGGAACCCUGCCGCUGAUUCAAUGAUUUACGUAAUCAGUAGCCCAAUUACUGAGUAAUCGUGGAUGAAAAAGAUACACACAUUUUAAUCCUGGUGGAUGGGAAAUCUUUUAACACGUUAUUGCAAAGCGAGUAAAUGCAGCUCCACAGUUAUUUUUACAAUGGCAGCAUAAAUUGAUUGCACAUAACAUUUUGGGAACAGGCAUGUGACAAAUAUUUAGUUGCCUUUCAUCUUAGCUCACCCCUGUCAUUACAUCAUCAGCUCCAAACUAUUUCUGGAGAGAAUGAUCAAUAUUUAUGAGGUAACAAUUCUACGCGGCCUUCCCCACUAUGAGCCGCUGACAAAGAUCAGUUGCUGCAGAUGGUUCUGAUAGUUUCCCAGCUAAUCGCGAGUUCUAUGGUCCUCCCGUACACUAUAGCGGCCACAGAGAUUGAAGUCAUCGUGAACAAGAAUCAGGAGGAGUGUUGCAGCAGCUUGAAGCAAAUGCGAUAUUAUCCAAAGACAGAAACACUGGGUGUCGCAUUGGCAGAGUUGCUGGCAAAUGUUGAUGCUAUGUGGUCUGUCCAAUUAUAUUCCUUUUCUGCUUUCACACAUCGACCGCACGGUGGUGCAGCGGUAGAGUCGCUGCCAUACAGCGCCGGAGACUCGGGUUCGAUCCUGACUACGGGUGCUGUCUAUACGGAGUUUGCACGUUCUCCCCGUGACCUGCAUGGGUUUUUCCCCGGGAGCUCUGGUUUCCUCCCACACUCCAAAGAUGUACAGGUUUGUACGCUAAUUGGCUUUGGUAAAAAUAAAUUGUAAAUUGUCCCUAGUGUGCUAGUGUAUAGGGGAUCGCUGGUCAACGUAGACUCGAUGGGCCGAAGGGCCUGUUUCUGCGCUGUGUCUCUAAACUAAACGGAGCUAAACAAAACCAGCUGCCAUAUCGGUUCUGAUUCAGGAACAUUUUUAAGUGACACUUUCUGUUGCAACGCAUGCCCGGCCCAUCACACUGCAAACACAGUUUAAGAUAAAGAUUUACUCAAUGUUUCACAACUUUGCUAAUAAUUGACUGGGCUCGGUGAAAUAUCAUGGCUUUUCAACAUGGUGGUGCAAACAAGAUUGCUCCAAUUGUUGUCAGUGAAAUGCUUAGUUUAGUUAUUAGUUUAAGAUAUACAGCGUGGAACAGCCCUCUCAGCCAAUCGAGUCCGCACCGACCAAUGAUCACCCAUAUACUAAUUCUGUCCCACACACUAGGGACAAUUUACAAAAGCCAAUUAGCCUACAAACCUGUUUGUCUUUGGGAUGUAGGAAGAAACUGAAGCAAACUCCAUACGACAGCCCCCGCAGUCAGAAUCUAACCCGGGUCUCCGCACUGUGGGGCAGCAACUAAACCCCUGUGCCACACUGUGCUGCCCUCAAAUGUGUUUCUACUUAUCCUGAUAUCAUGAACCUUACAGCCCAUAAACUUCUCCCAAUGUCUUAAUAGAUUAUUGCAGCAAUACGCUCUUCCCAGCACUAAUACAGUUGUAGAUGCAGCACUGUGUUUCUGUGAAGUACACAACCUGAUGAUCUAUUUAUAGUCCAUGACAAAGCACACAGUGAUUCAGAUUUACAUCCCCUGUUUUACUGUUGUGGCUAGUGGCAUCCUCUAACAUGCACCAAAUCGUGUUGGAUGUAUGUCGGAGGCAGGCCAUUCAUUUUUGUGACUAAAUAUUUAGCAAAUCCCAAAUAUUGGACAAGAUGUGUAUUCCACAUGUGCCCCAAAGCAAACGCAGUCCUCCAAAGGCUGGUUAUCGGCAUUAAACGUGGAGCAUGCUGGCAAACCUCAGAUAGACAGGAAUAUCUGGGAGGAAAACUGUGUUCAUAAUUCAGGAUAGUGGCCUUUCAAUAGAACUGAGAGAACUUUGUGUGCGCAGCUGGUAGAGCUGCUGCCUCACUGCGCCAGACACCCAAGUUCAAUCCCGACCUAGGGUGCUGUCUGUGUGGAGUUUGCACGUUCUCCCUGCGAUUGCACCUCUGGGUGUUCUGGUUUCCUCCCGCAUCCCAAAUUCGUGCGGGUUUUUAGGUUAAUUGGCUUCUGUAAAAUUGCCCCUAAUAUGUAGGCUGCGGGAUAAUAUAGAACUAGUGUGAACAGGUGAUCAGCAGCCAGUGUGGGCUGAAGAGCCUGUUCCUGUGCUGUGACUCCAACUAAACAAUGGACAAGGUUUGUGAUAUCAUGAGAGACUGAGUCACACAAAUGAUAUUGGUGCUACCUUGAAAGAGAGUGUAUCUGGCGGAGGUGAAAUAACCAGUGCAAUAUGAAAUGUCAGGAGAGGGGAUGGGGGGGCUGUGGACAAUGGAAAUGAUAAGCUACUAGAACUAGAGUCACCCUUGCAAACUGAACACAGGAGCUCUUCAAACUAAUAGCACCACCACAUUCAUCGCCCCCCCCCCCCCCUCCCCAUUUGAUAAAGUGACUGUUGUGUCUGCAUCACCACACUUCUUUUUCACCUCCUUGUCUGUCACAGGUCUUACAGAGCGUGCCAUUUUAUAUUCUCCCUUCCUGCAGUCCGGGAACCAAAAGAUCAAAACAUUUAUUUCUGGCGAAUAGGCAACGUACUUGAAAUGUUCCACUUUAAACAGCUGUAUGCAAUCCUCACACUGUGGUCUCCUCUCCCGUGGUGCAUUCAAACGGUGCCUUGCAGAACAUCUCUGUACAGUCCACAAGGGUAUGUAUCCCUGAGCUAGAAGUUGCCUGCUAUAUUGAGUCUCCGUCUCGCUCUGACCGCUGUUGUAUUUGGUCUCCUGCAAUGUACCAGCAAAGCUCAAAGAGUGAUCGUGGAAAACCUCAUCUUCUGACCUGGCACAUUACAGCAUUGUAAUCAAUAUCUUGAUUAGAACGGGUGUCAAGGGUUAUGGGGAAGGCAGGAAAAUGGGAUUAAGAUGCAGCGUUCAACCAUGAUUGAAUGGUGGAGUAGACUUGAUGGGCCGAAUGGCCUAAUUCUAUUCCUAUAACGUGAACAUUAUGGGUCAAAUUCAAUCAUUUCAGCUUAUCUGCCAUUCCAGUCUUGCAUCCCAUAUUCCCAGCACAUUUGUCCGCCUCUCUUCUUUUCUGACAUUUUAAAAUGCCCUUCAUCACCUCCAGUUUAAACUUACACUCCCUGUUGAUCAGCAUUACAUAUGAUAAUCACCCAAUCUUGCUCCCCAACUAAGCACCAUUUACUUCUCUGCCUUGCCCUCCUUUCUAUGCAACUCAAAACUUGUUCAUUUCUAAGUUUUCCCUAAUUAAAGAUAACUGGGCUGAAACAUUAACUCUAUUUCUCCCAUUGCAGAUGCUGUUUGACCCAUUGAAUAUUUCCCACAUUUUUUAUUUAAAUCAAAUGCAGUGCCGGAAACAAUUAUUUCACAAACUGAACAAAAACACAUCUGAUAUUUUGAAUUUUAAUCGCAGAUUUUCAAAAACACAAGAUCAGAGAGCAUUUAAGUUAUAAUUUAAGUCACAAUAUAUUACAAUUUUUUAAAUUUUAUGUAGACUGCUGUUGAUAAAUGAAUCUUGUGCAUUUAGCGAAGAAGGCAUGUGGCACCUAGAGUGAUUUACCAUAAAGUAUAUGUGUGUUUAUUAACAAUCAUUCAUAUUUAUGAAGGGACUGAACAGGUUUCUGCUAUCUCAAAACAAUCCCAACUGUUAAUUAAAAGGUCGUCACAUUUUGUGAGGACAGAAAAUAACCGUUUAUUUAUAGAUCUAAGGACAAACGAGAAAGAAAGAAAAUGUAUCAUCUUGCCAGAAAAUGUAUCGUUAAAGAUUAUAAUAUGUUGUACAAUACUUUAUGCUGGAGCCCUAAAAUAAUCCCCAGUUUUAUCUGAAGAAUAUUCUUAAUGGAUAUUUAAUGUGAUCAAUGGCAAAACUAAAAAAAAUGUUUGGAAUAAGCCAAAAGUAUUAUUCAUACGGAAUCAGAACCCAGUCAUGUGUUGAUAGUGAUCAUUUCAAAUAAGUUUAGAGUAUAGUGGAUUAAAUGUUGUCACGGUGCAAAAACAUUAGGAAAAGUAAGAUCAUAUUUUCAUUUGUUUCCUAAAUUGGUACAAGUAAAAGAGACGAGUGAUUUUACACUGAUGUACUCAUUCAUGUAUGGUAAGGUUUGCCCGAACAGCACGUAAAAACAAAGUUUCUCACUGUUUCUCAGCAUGCGAUAAAAGUAAACCAGUACCUAAAUCAAUGAUAGUUUCAUGGAAGUAAACAAACUGGAGAAAUACACUGUCAAUUUACACAUUAAUCAUAUCAGAUCCAGGUUGUUAUCUUCAUAUCAAGAAAAAAGGAUCCACAUCAGAUUCAUAAAUUAACUUGUGAUAUGUACAAAUUCAAACAAAAACAUAUCUUACAAGACUAUUUCUCCACCUGAACCAAUCUAAAGUAUAGCCACUGGAUCUAUUCAGCUUUGCCCACAGACCCAGAAUGAUAAACCUUUGACAUUGCAAAUUCAAGCAAUGCGUUGGCCUGGGUUAGGUCAACUUGCAUGUAUGAUUUUCAAAUCUUCAUAUAUAAUCUGCUGAUAAUUCUUAAAUUAGCAUGGACUUUUAUUUUACAAGUUAGAACUCCUCUAAAGAUAUCAAAAGUGUGGUAACAUAAGAAAACUUUAAGAACAACAUCCCUCCCUCGAUGAAGAAAGCUGAUGAGAGGUCGCCUUGCAUAAAAAGCUGCAAGAAAUGUCACCGCCCGAGAUCUUCUCCUCACCACCCUUCCGGGUUUCAGAAAUGCUUGCAAAAUUGUUAACAAUGCAGGGUGAAAGAUAAUGAGAACAUUACAUCCUGUGGCCACAAACACCGUGGUCAAAUAAUGACCAUUUCGCCAAGAAUCAGAUCUGGUUUUAGUGAGGAUCAUGAGUAAAGGCCUGGAAUUUCCACGGAUAUUCAUGAAGCAGAACCAACAACUAUUUACCCCCACAGCCGCUCACAAUUUCCUAACUCUGGGACUGGAAUAACAUCAGACUGGACCGAGCCACUGGUAUUUGCUGGGCAGGUUUGGAACAGUCAUCUGACCAGAGUUGACCACAGGUAGAAGUGAAUCAAACUAUUUAUUUGAACUCUUUGACUUUCAAUGGACAAAACAACCCGUUUGAUUCUCCCUACAAGCAAUUAUCUUUGGUAAAGUUUUACAGGUUUGAGGAAAUAUUUCAGUAAAAUUCGGGUUUGUUGUGUUCUGACUGUGCAUUCUGACCCACCUGCCUUUACACUCAGUGCUCCUCCCAGCCACUGCUUCAGCAGUAAAUAUCCAUGCUCACAUCCAUGCUUUUAAUCAUCUUUUCCAACCCAACAGUGCAUCAUUUUACAGCCCAUUCCAUGUAUGUGCUUUACAGAUUUCAGUAAUACGACGGGAUUCGGCUUUCACAUAAACCGAUGCCACCAGGUGCCCUUUAAUAUAAAGCGCAUCGAUAAGAAUGAGGCAAAUAUAAUACCAGCAUAACAAUUAUUUAAAAAAUUCUGUCUUAAUUCAUCACUUGUCACAUAAAUUAUCUCAGAGUGGGGAAGGGAAAAAUGUAUCAUAUAACAAAUAAGUGAUGGGAGCAGAAUUAGGCCAUUCGGCCCACCGAGUGUAAUCUGCCAUUCAAUCACGGCUGAUAUAUCUAUCUUUCCAUCUCAGCCCCAUUCUCUUGCCUUCUCCCUGACACCCGUACAAAUCAAGAAUCUAUCAACCGCUGCCUUAAAAAUAAGUUCUGUACCAACAAAGAAACGCCAGUGUAAUUCCAUGAUUGAAUCAAUGGGAUCCUAAUUUCUGGUCUGGCGCAGUUCAAGUUUCCAUACAUUUCAUUCAACUGGUUAUGUUUUCAUUGCUGCCUUAUUUUGAACCCUUUCACCUCUUGCCUUUGUCUCUUACUCCACCCACCUGCGAAUCAAACCCUCUCGCCAGUGUCCAUCAAUACCCAUCAUUUGUCAGGCUUUGUCACGCAACCACCUCUCUCUUCCACCACCCCCUUCCACUACGGUCUGUCUGAAGAAUGGUCCCGUCCCAACCCGAAACGCUGUCUGUCUCUUCCUUCCCCAGGUGCUACCUGACCUGCUGAGUUCCUCCAGCUCUCAAGAUUCCAGCAUCUGCAAGCCUUUGGGUCUCUUUAUUUUGAAUCUUAUUUUAUGUAGUUUAAUAUUUAUUUCGAGACAUAGAGUCAUACAGUGUGGAAACCGGGCCUUUGGCCCAACUUGCUCACUCUGACCAACAUUAUUGUCCCACCUACACUAGUCCCACCAGCCUGCGUUUAGCCCAUAUCCCCAAACGUAUCUAUAUACCUAUCUAAACCUAAACCUAUCCUAUCCGAAUACCUGUCUAAAUGGUUCCGAAACGUUGCGAUAGUACCUGCCUCAACCACCUCCUCCGGGACUCGUUCCAUACACCCACCAUUCUUUGUGUAAACCAGUUACCCCUCUGGUUCCUGUUAAAACUUUCCCCCAUUUGUGUUUACUGACUCCAGCCGUGGAGCUAAGGGCAACUUUGGUGGUACAACAAUUUCAUGUUUUGGGUUCUGAAGACUUGCCAGGCUCUACAUUGGUCUCUAGGAGACAGUGCAGGCAGCAAGUGGUGAAUCUAACGAGGUGUUUUGGAUGUAAAUAAACCAUGCUGCUUUGGUUACAUAAACGGACAUCAAAGUGUCGUCAUUUGUAAUGCCAAGAUUGUACAGUUCAUAAUUCCAGGACAUUAAUUAUAUUACUAAAGCUAGUGGCUAGAUAGAGCUGAUGAAAUAAGUAUGUAUAUACACUAACUAUAUGUAAAUCACUGUGAUGAUAAGCAUUGGAAAGUGUCAAACUACUGAAAAUGUGGACGAGCAGCUGUGUUGUGUAAACAAUAAAAUAAAAAUAUGAAUUUGU